AUGGCGCCUUGCCUUGUGCCUUGUCCGUGUUAUGACUGGCGAGCUGAUUCGUUUGCGUGCUGCGGUAUCUCAGACUUCAAGAAGAUCCUGCAGUGUAUCGCACGUUUUGGGGAUGAGCUUCAUCUUCAGGCUACGCAUGAGGGCAUCCAAAUGUCGACCGUGAACAGCUCGAAAACAGCGUUCUGCUUGUUCUCGCUUGCACACGAGGGGUUUGAGAAGUACAAAAUGACGGGAAAGGCUGCAGCCAGCCUGGAGGGGAUCAAAUGUAAACUGCAAGUGAAAUCAGUAUUGUCGGUUCUUGGAAGGAGUACAUCGUCUCAGAACAUCCUCCGACUGGAAAUGAGAAUCGCGGAUCCAAGUAGGGAAUUGAAGAGUAGACGGCAAGGUCAGGGUCGAGUUGUCGACAACGAGGAUGAGAGCGAAGAGGAUGUACAAUCCAACUCUAGAGAAUCUCGGUUGAUCCUCAAGUUGGUCUGCAAACAUGGGGUGAUCAAGACUCACUCGUUGAACCUGGGCGCCUCGCCGUUCCUGGUGGCAACGGUGGAUCCGGCGACCUUGACAAACCUUUUCGUGGUUCCCGCUCGAACGCUUCGGGACUGGUUGGAUCACUUUGCAGCUUCCGGAUCAACCACGGCCAAAGCGGGCACAGAGGCGACAGGCAACGUAAACCGCCAAGAAAGCGAACUCGGAUGGUACUUCCACCCGGAACAGAUCAGAGUUAGAACAUGGGAGAGCGGAUCGGCCGCACGCAGAGCGAUUUCGACCGAGUUGAAGAUCGGUGUGACCGAGUUCGACGAGUACGACGUUGCGGAGAUUGUUUGCCUCACAUUUCCGUUGAGAGAGUUCAGAGCAGCGAUCACGCUCGCUGACAGCUGGGGUAUCCCGUUGCGCACCGACUUUUCGACUGCUGGACAACCAAUCUCACUAAAGCUGGUCACUGAGCAUUCGAUCGCCGAAUUGACGAUCGCCACGACCGAGAACGAAGCCUUUAAAGACCUCAUG